AUGGCCUCACUGUCUGCAGCCUCGCACUUUGGAAACACCCCUCUGGCUCCUCCUGACCCCAUCUUCCAUCUGACUGCUUCCUACAAAGCUGACCCUAACCCUCUCAAAAUCAAUCUGGGUGUUGGUGCCUACAGAGACAAUGAUGGAAACCCAUGGAUUCUGCCUGUUGUUAAAAAGGCAGAACGCAUGAUUAUCGAAAACUCAUCUCUGGACCACGAGUAUCUUCCCAUUGAUGGCAUUCGCAGCUUUGCAGAGGCCUCGGCACGUUUAAUUCUCGGUGCAGACUCUCCCGUGAUUCGUGAAAAAAGGUAUACUGCUGCUCAGUCCAUCUCUGGAACUGGAGCGGUGCGAAUGGGUGCAGAUUUUUUGGCUAGGUUCAACAUGUCUCCCGUCUAUAUUUCAAAUCCCACUUGGGGAAACCAUCGCGCCAUUUUUAAUGAUGCUGGAUUCAAGGAUAUCCGUGAAUACAAAUACUGGAACCCCGAGACUCGCGGUCUUUUUAUUGAAGAAAUCCUCAAGACAUUCAAGGAAGCGCCAAAUGGAUCCAUUUUACUGCUCCAUCCCUGUGCUCACAAUCCCACUGGUGUGGACCCCACGAUGGAUCAAUGGAAAAUGAUUGCUCAAGUUGCUCGUGAAAAAAAUCAUUUGAUCUUUUUUGACUGUGCAUACCAAGGGUUUGCUAGUGGAAACCUUGACAAGGAUGCUCAGUCUGUUCGAUACUUUGUCGACCAAGGAUUUGAAAUGUUGAUUGCUCAGUCCUAUGCCAAAAACUUUGGUUUGUAUAAUGAGCGUACAGGAUGUUUAUCCAUCAUUACCAAAGAUCCAGACACUGCAGUCAGAGCCAAUAGCCAAAUUUGCAAGUUGGUGCGAGCUGGAUACUCUAACCCGCCUGCAUUUGGCGGCCGUAUUGUGUCGCUUGUUCUCAACUCUCCCGAAAUGUAUCGAGAGUGGGAGAUUCAGCUUAAAAGUAUGGCAGACCGUAUCAUUUCUAUGCGCAAGGCACUUUUUGAGGCUUUGAAGGCUCUUGGGACUCCUGGCACGUGGAAUCAUAUCGUUGACCAGAUUGGCAUGUUUUCAUUCACUGGUCUCACUCCCUCUCAAGUCAAGAUUCUUCGCGAAAAAAACCAUGUCUACAUGACUGACAAUGGCCGUAUCUCCAUGGCUGGACUGAACACUGGCAAUGUGCGUCGGUUUGCAGAGGCUGUUGACUGGGCUGUUCGCAAUGUCAAAUGAUAUUUCACCCAACAGACUACAAUACGACGUUUAGCAUUUUGGUGAAUCAUGUCUACCAUUCAAAGAUGAUGCGUAUUAUAAACUGAAGAAUCGGACUACUUAU